UAAGUCUCUUAUUUCAGCAACUGCUAAUAUUAGCCUACUACCUCUAAUUUACUUUUGUAGUUGAUUUUUAUGUCAUCCAUCUCACUGAUGCAGCUACUUUGGGCAGCUAUGUCUGAGCUAAACAAAUAGCAAUCAUGAGGAGGUACUAUCUAGGAAUGAUUGGAGCUGCAGUCCAGCACAACUCAGAGAUACACAAUGAAGACAGACUUUGAAAAUUAAUGCAGUGGAUUCUACCAGAAAAAUGAAGAUAUUGGGCAUGAAUGCAUUUAUCCAGCCUCCCAGCAGUCUUGUUUAAGCUACAGGAAAGGAAAAAGCAGAAGCACUCCAUCCAUUCACCCACCCUGGCAAGCAAUUUGAACGUUUGCUGUAGCAGAAAGAAAUUUAACGCAGUAGGAAGCCAAAUGAGCUCCACAGAAGAAGAAACUACGCCAGUCCCGCUGUGCUUUAUGAUGAAUGGAUCCUGCUCAAGAACCCUCCAUCCGUUUGGAGUCCAGUUAGCCAUUUACAUGGUCUGUGCUAUUGGUGUGUUAGUUACCAUUAUGGGGAAUCUCUUGGUGGUGAUUUCCAUCUACCACUUCAAAGCACUUCACACUCCUACUAACUUCUUGCUACUCUCUCUUGCCCUGGCAGAUCUCCUCCUGGGCUUAACUGUCCUUCCCUUCAGCACAAUCCGUUCUGUGGAGAGCUGCUGGUAUUUUGGAGAUGACUUUUGCCACCUGCACACCUUUCUGGACACUGUCUUUUGCUUGACUUCCAUAUUCCACCUCUGUUUUAUCUCUGUCGACCGUCAUUCUGCCAUCUGUGAUCCUUUGCUCUAUCCCACCAAGUUCACCCUACGGGUUGCUUGCAUCUACAUAGCCCUGGGGUGGGGGAUCCCUGUGGUUUACACAUCCAUCUUCCUUUACAGCAAAGGAAUUGAGGAAGAGUUAGGGCAGUUUUUGCAAAGUUUGCCCUGCAUUGGGAGUUGUCAGCUGCUGUACAACAAACUCUGGGGCUGGAUCAACUUCCCGGUCUUCUUUUUUCCCUGCCUCAUCAUGAUAGGGUUAUACAUCAAAAUAUUUAUAGUGGCAACUAGACAAGCUAAACAGAUCAGGAGCAUGAACAAAAAGCCCAGAGGGAGCAAACAUCAAACAGGAGCUGCAAAAAGAGAAAGGAAGGCAGCAAAAACCUUAGGUAUCGCCGUAGGAAUCUACCUCCUUUGCUGGUUGCCAUUUACCAUAGACACUAUGGUAGAUAGCCUGCUGGAUUUCAUUACCCCUUCUGUUGUGUUUGAUGUUCUUAUUUGGUUUGCUUACUUUAAUUCUGCCUGUAACCCCUUGAUUUAUGUGUUUUCCUAUCGUUGGUUCAGGAAAGCUGUGAAGCUCAUUUUAACAUGCCAGGCCUUCUCUACAAGAACAUCUGCAAUUGAUCUAUAUCAAGAGGAAUAAUCUAUGGUUGGGAGGGCAAAUAUGGUUGGGGGGAGUAGAAAAUAGCAUUCACAUCCACCUUGCAAUUAAAGCACAUACAACUGAAGGUCAACAAAGCAAUUUAGGUAUCAAGAGAUGAAAAAAUCUUCCUCUUCCUGACAAUCAAAUAACAAUAAUGAAUUAAAUAUCUCAUCAUUUUCGGCUCUUUCAUGACCCACGCCAAAUAAUCACCUUCUUGGGUAGGUGAUUUAAUUAAUUAAUUAAUUAAUUAAUUAAUUAAUUAAUUUUCUGCCUAUUGCACCGCAUUUUAUUUUUCCGGAGAGUAGUGCUAAAGUCCACUGUCAAAGGAUUCCAACUUGAUUCCAU